GGUUCUAUUUUGUCUAGGCUAUAGGAAUGGUUGGAGAUGAGGGUGGAAAGAGUUUGAUGUCAGAGCUUAGAGGAUCUAGAAAUUGGGAGAUGAGAAAUGAUUAAGUAGAGCAUCAUUAUGCUGGUUUCUGUGUGGGUAAUGAGGUCAUUUGGACUCAGUAUGCUAAUCUGAUUGUCCUGUGCGGCCUGGGUUAAAAUGGAGAGAGUUGGUGGCAAGGAGGCAACAGCAAAGAAGGGUGCACCGUGGAAGGUAACAUCUUUCUGAUGUUUCUUCAACUACAAAAGACGGCUUAGAUGGGUGUUUUUUCUUUCCUCCAUUCUCAGAACUGUUUUCAUGUGAAAUGGCUGCUCUGUUUGAAGUGGGGUACCGGACCUAGGGUCCUGCUCUCUGACGACUCCUUAUUGCUUAGAGGCAACUUCUGGGGAUCUUCAGGGAACUUUAGGGCUGUUUGAAGUGUAGUUUAAAAUCACUGACUUAGUCUUGGAUUCAUAGCAGAUUUUGAGAUUCUGAAUCCUUCCUGCUUCUCAGUGUGUACUUGUCAUUUUGCUUCUCUCCACUUGUCAAAACAGUAAAUAAUACAGGUAAUGCUUUGUUCACACUGGCUUGCCUUCAAAGACUCAGAAUCUUAAGCUGGGGAAAGAGGAUUCCAACCACACAUUUCCUCUUCUGGUCUGAGUCACUGGAGGAAUUCCCCAGUAAGGCAGCAUUCCUGAGAGUUAGGCUAGGCCAGGAGGACAGAAUGCUCUGAGAGGGGUGGAGUCUGAACAAGCCAGGCCAAGGGCUCAGUUGUUGGGCUUACAAGUACGUUGACUGUAUCGCCCACAGGUGAUGGAGGACGAGGAGAAGGCAGUGGAGAGCUUGGUGAGCAACACGGAAGCUGCCCAUUCUCCAUCCCCCAUCCGCUGCUGCUGGCUCCGCCUCCGCUACAUGGCAGCUACUAGCAUUGUCUGUGGCUGCUCUUGCCUGGGAGUCAUGGCUCUUGUGUUUGCCAUCAAGGCGGAAGAGCGGCAUAAGGCAGGCCAAUCCAAGGAGGCAGUGCACUGGGGGGCCCGGGCCCGGAGGUUCAUCCUGGCCAGCUUUGUUGUCUGGCUUGCUGUCCUUGUUCUGGGCCCCCUGCUGCUGUGGCUGCUUUCCUACGCCAUCGCUCAGGCUGAGUGACCCUGGGUGGCCUCUGCUGAGUCAGCCGAGACCUCCUGGAUCCUGCAAUGCGGCAUUGCUAAGAUCUGGUGACAGCAAUGGUCCUUCCUGGCUGGAAGGAUGAUGCCUUUCUCAAGGGGUUUUGGAAGAGCUCUUCUAGCCCUCAUAAAAGGAGGGCAGCAGCUGAGACUGAUAAGGGGAGGUCAGUCUGCUCUAUUCCUUCAGUGCCCACCACCCUCUAUUUCCCCCACCCCUCCCCAUCCUAGGGGCCUCCACCCAGAGGAGGGGUUGAAGACCAGGCCUGAUUUUAUCAAAAUUUGUUUUGUAAUAAAAACCUUUUUUAGUGGUGAAA